AAAAAAAAAAAAAAAAAAAACAUUGUCGUCGAGUUAAAGCUCAUCUUAGAGGCUGGGGCAUAUCAGGAGGAGCUGCAGCAGCGGCUGAUCCGGCCAUGGCCGCAACGCUUAAGGCACCUCCUAUGGUUUCGGCUUGUCCAUCUUCUGCAACUCCCACCAUCCAUAAGGAAUUCAAAGCCAUGGUGAAAAGCCCACAUAUUUCGCUACUUGAGAACAGCAAAACCAUGAAGGAACUCACACAACUACACUGUGACAUGAUGAAGAAAGGUCUAUGUCGUAAAGCUUCUUACGUUAACAAGCUAAUUUCCGCCUGUGUCGAAAUGGGUACCUAUGAGAGCUUGUCCUACGCUCGGAAUACGAUCGCAUUGUUCAACGACGAUGAAGGUAUCCUUGGUUCGUUGUUCAUGUACAAUUGUUUGUUAAGAGGGUAUGCUUCCAUUGGACUCUGUGAUGAAGCAAUCUUGCUUUACAAUCAAAUCUUAAAUUUGGGCAUUGAGCCUGAUAAGUAUACGUUCCCAUUUUUACUCAGUGCAUGCUCGAAAGCUAUGGCGAUUUCUGAGGGGAUUCAAGUUCAUGGGGUAGUUAUCAAGACGGGUUUAGAGAAAGAUUUGUUUGUCAGGAACUCUUUGAUUCAUCUGUACGCGGAAUGUGGGGAGAUUGAAUUGGGACGAAAGGUGUUUGAUAAAAUGCUUGAGAGAAAUGUCGUGUCAUGGACUAGCUUGAUCAAUGGUUAUGCUGGGAGGGACUCAGCAAAGGAGGCCGUGUCUCUGUUCUUUGAGAUGGUUGAGGCUGGUGUUGAGCCCAAUUCAGUGACCAUGGUGUGUGUUAUUUCUGCCUGUGCGAAGUUGAAGGAUUUAGGAUUAGGUAAAAGAGUAUGUGCCUAUAUUGGUGAAUUGGGAGUGAAGCUUAAUACCCACAUGGUGAAUGCACUUGUUGAUAUGUACAUGAAAUGUGGAGAUAUUGGUUCUGCAGAGCAACUUUUUUAUCAAUGUGCUGAUAAGAAUUUGGUUCUCUACAACACUAUCAUUUCAAACUAUAUUCGCCAUGGGAUGGCAAGAAAAGCACAAGUAGUAAUACACGAUAUGAUGCAACAAGGACUGAGACCAGAUAGGGUAACGUUGUUAUCAGCAAUUGCAGCCUGUGCACAGUUAGGCGAUCCAUCUGCAGGAAAAUCAUCUCAUGCUUAUGUCUUGAGACAUGGCCUUGAAGGUUGGGACAGCAUAAGCAAUGCCAUUAUUGACAUGUAUCUGAAAUGUGGCAAAAGAGAAGCAGCUUGCAAAGUUUUUGAGCCUAUGCCAAACAAGACAGUGGUGUCGUGGAAUACCUUACUCGCAGGUUCUAUUAGAGAUGGUGACCUGGAACUAGCUUGGAGAACCUUUGAUGAGAUACCAGCGAGGAAUCUUGUAUCUUGGAAUACCAUGAUUGGGGCGCUGGUUCAGGAGGGCAUGUUUGAGGAAGCAAUUGAGCUGUUCCGGGAGAUGCAGAGCAAGGGGAUUAAACCAGAUAGCGUGACAAUGGUGGGUAUUGCAUCUGCCUGUGGGUAUUUAGGAGCUUUUGAUCUUGCCAAGUGGGUCUACUCUUACAUUGGGAAAAAUGGCAUUCACAUUGACUUGCAGCUUGGUACAACUUUGGUUGAUAUGUUUUCAAGGUGUGGUGAUUCCGAAAGUGCUAUACAUGUUUUCAGUACAAUGGAAAAACAAGAUGUGUCUGCUUGGACUGCUGCCAUUGGGGCAAUGACUAUGAAGGGAAAUGCCGAAGGAGCUAUUGAGCUUUUCAAUGAAAUGCUGGAAGAAGGUGUGAAACCAGAUGAGGUUGUUUUUGUGGCACUAUUAACAGCAUGCAGCCAUGGUGGCUAUGUGGAGAAAGGAAGGGAACUUUUUAAGUCAAUGAAGGAAACUUAUGGAAUCAAUCCUCAGAUUGUUCACUAUGGAUGCAUGGUUGAUUUUCUGGGCCGAGCUGGGUUUCUGGGAGAAGCUCUUGAUCUCAUCCAAGGUAUGCCGAUGGAACCUAAUGAUGUGAUCUGGGGCUCUCUUUUAGCUGCUUGCAGGAUACACAAAAACGUUGAAUUGGCACAAUUUGCAGCGGUUAAGAUCACUGAAUUGGCCCCUGAAGAACCUGGGAUUCAUGUGUUACUAUCAAACAUAUAUGCUUUUGCAGGGAAAUGGGAUGACGUUGCAAAAGUUAGGCUGCGGUUGAAGGAAAAAGGGGUUCAGAAAGUGCCUGGAUUAAGCUCAAUAGAGGUUCAUGGUAUGAUUCAUGAGUUCAUAUCUGAUGAUCAAUCACACCCAGAAAAAAUAAACAUUGAUUUAAUGCUAAAGGAAAUAAAAUGCAAACUAGCUGAGGCAGGGUAUGUUCCAGAUAUAACUAAUGUGUUGCUAGAUGUUGAUUUAAGGGAGAAAGAGCACUUGCUUAGUAGACACAGUGAGAAACUAGCCAUGGCUUUUGCGUUGAUCAACACUGGUCAAGGCAGGCCCAUAAGGGUAGUUAAGAAUCUUAGGAUGUGCUCUGAUUGUCACACAUUUGCAAAAUUAGUGUCAAAAUUAUACAACAGGGAAAUCACUGUUAGAGAUAAUAACAGGUACCAUAUUUUCAUGCAAGGAUUUUGCUCCUGUGGAGAUUAUUGGUAAUAGGAUUACAGAGAUUUUUACCAAAAUAAACAAGAAUUACAAAGAGGAGUUUUGAUAUCUGAUACUACAAUUCAACUUCCCUCUUUGUCAAUUUAAGCUAAAUAAGCAUCGAGUCAUACAGAGAACUGAAGGGGGGAUGAUCACGGAAAGAGAUGUUCUUCUGAUAUACAAAAGGAAAAAUACGUCAGUGAAACAUUUUGCCAAAUCAUUGAUAGCCAGUAAUCAAAAUGGCUUCAUGAUGAACCUUCUAAUGCUGGAAAAAUGGAAUCAACAAAAGCAUGGUGCAUUGGGUCCUCCUUCCAGAGUUUCGCAACAUGAAGAUGAGAAGAGGUCUUCCGAUGGACUUCUUCAAGAAGCCAGAUGCUGGCUUCCGCUUUGCAAGGAUGAAUGAUGUCGUCCAAGGGCUUAUACUCAUCCUCACUGUCAAUUCUCAACUGGUCCCACUGCUUAAGGAGAAUAUUUGUGAGGUAAUGAAGGGGCUGACCAUAUAAUUGCUUCAUGGAUCUGCCUAAUCCCAUCCAUGAGGUAUAGGGGAUGACAGAGCCACGGUGUCUUGGGAUUGGGAUCUGCUUCAUGUAAUCCUGAUACAUUGCUGCUCUUCUGAUCAAUAAAUCUGCAUGCAAGCAUGAGUUAAAUAAUAAUUGCAUUUACAAGAGUGUCAAAUGGUCGAAUGGCUCAAAAAAAAAAAAAAAAAGCCACGUGAAACACAAAAGAAGCCUCAAGGCUGCUUCAGGGUUUUAUGUUUCUAAAGUGAUUUUUGGGUUGGCGUUAUAUAAGAGCUAUUGCAAAACAAAGGGUUGCAGGACUGCAGAGUUAAGACUUGUAUAUGAACGCAUAUUCAAAGCAACACCUGUAAGGUCUUUCAAAAUGCUAUAAACACUUGGAAGCCUAGAGGAUAACAAUGACUCCAAGAUCUUCAGCUUCUUAAUUUUCUUAGCAAUGAAUUUUUUCCCCAUUUUCUUCCUUA